AUGAAGACAUUUGAGAUGUCUGAUCUCAGACUAAUAAAGUACUUUCUCGGUUUGGAGGUGAUACGUACAAAGAAAAGGGUCAGUGUUCGUAUGUCAACAAAAGUAUAUAGUGGAUCUUCUUCACAAAAAUGGGAAAUGCUGAAUUGCAAGUCAAUUGAUAAUUUGAUGAACUCAAAUGAAAAGCUCCAUUCACAAGAUAAUUCCGGUGAUGCAAAUCCACUGAGAUACAGGUUAAUAGUUGGAGGUACGCUUUAUCGAUCCUACACAAGCCCUGAUAUCAUGCAUGCCGUCUCAAUGGUGUUUCGCUUCAUGCAAUCACCUAGCAUGCAUCAUCUUGGAGUUGUUAAAAGGAUUCUUCGCUACAUCAAUGGAACGGUUAAUUAUGGGAUUUAUCACGACAAGAAUGAAGAGUUCAAGUUACUUGGCCAUCCUAACAGUGACGAGGGGGCUCAAGAUGACCAGAAAAGCACCACAGGGUGGGUAUUCUCCCUAGGUUUCGGUGUUGUCGCAUGGUGUUCAAAGAAACAGCCAAUUACUGCCCUAUCUAGCACAGAAGCAGAGUGCAUAUCGGUCACAGCCCCCGCAUAUGAAGCAGUGUGGGCUCAGAUGACUUUUAUAGGACCCUGA